UCGAAAAAGUCUCCAUUUUGCAAAACCUCAAUACCAAAAUACCCGUCCUCCUCCAUCUCCUCUCCUUUCAGUUGCAAUUUCUUUGCAAUUGAUCUUUUUCCUUUUAUAUUGGAGGACUAGAUAUACCUCUAUUUUAAUAUGUAUCGAAGCGCCCUCAGACAGUCCACCCGCGCUUUGAGCGCAAUCUCUGCCUCGGGCAGAGUUGUUGCGGCACGAAAUGCCGCACCCGCCGUUUUCAACGUCCAGGCUCGAUCCUACGCCGCCGACGCAAAGGCCUCUCCCACCGAGGUCUCUUCUAUCCUCGAACAGAGAAUUCGUGGUGUAUCAGAGGAAUCAAGCUUAGCUGAGACUGGUCGUGUCCUCUCCGUCGGUGAUGGUAUCGCCCGUGUGCACGGUAUGGCCAAUGUCCAGGCCGAAGAGCUCGUCGAGUUCGCUUCCGGUGUGAAGGGAAUGUGCAUGAACUUGGAAGCUGGACAGGUCGGUGUUGUGCUUUUCGGUUCUGACCGUUUGGUCAAGGAGGGUGAAACCGUUAAGCGUACCGGAGAAAUUGUCGAUGUCCCCGUCGGCCCUGAGCUUCUCGGCCGUGUCGUCGACGCUCUCGGUAACCCCAUUGACGGCAAGGGCCCCAUCCCGUCCAAGGAGAAGCGCCGAGCUCAACUUAAGGCCCCCGGUAUCCUACCCCGACGAUCAGUCAACCAGCCUGUACAGACUGGUCUGAAGUCCGUCGACGCUAUGGUUCCCAUCGGCCGUGGUCAGCGUGAGUUGAUCAUUGGUGACCGUCAGACUGGAAAGACUGCCGUCGCCCUUGACGCCAUCCUCAACCAGAAGCGAUGGAACAACACCAACGACGAGACCAAGAAGCUCUACUGUAUCUACGUUGCCGUCGGUCAGAAGCGAUCCACCGUUGCUCAGCUCGUCAAGACCCUUGAGGAGAACGACGCCAUGAAGUACUCCAUUGUCGUCGCUGCUACCGCUUCCGAGGCUGCUCCCCUUCAGUACAUUGCUCCUUUCACCGGUGCCUCCAUCGGUGAGUGGUUCCGUGACAACGGCAAGCACUCCCUAGUCAUCUACGACGAUCUGUCCAAGCAGGCCGUCGCUUACCGACAAAUGUCUCUGCUACUCCGUCGUCCCCCUGGACGUGAGGCUUACCCCGGUGACGUUUUCUACCUCCACUCGCGUCUACUAGAGCGUGCUGCCAAGAUGAACGACAAGCACGGUGGUGGUUCCAUGACUGCUCUGCCCGUCAUUGAGACCCAGGGUGGUGAUGUGUCUGCUUACAUUCCCACCAACGUUAUUUCUAUCACCGACGGUCAGAUCUUCUUGGAAGCUGAAUUGUUCUACAAGGGUGUCCGACCUGCCAUCAACGUCGGUCUUUCCGUGUCCCGUGUCGGUUCCGCUGCUCAGCUUAAGGCCAUGAAGCAAGUCGCUGGUUCGCUCAAGCUCUUCUUGGCCCAAUACCGUGAAGUCGCCGCUUUCGCCCAAUUCGGUUCUGAUUUGGAUGCUGCCACCAAGCAGACCCUCAACCGUGGUGAACGUUUGACCGAGCUACUCAAGCAGAAGCAAUACUCCCCCAUGGCCGUUAACGAGAUGGUUCCCCUUAUCUUCGCCGGUGUCAACGGUUACCUCGACCAAGUGCCCGUUAACAAGGUUCUACAAUGGGAAGCCGACUUCCUUUCCCACCUAAAGACCAACGAGUCCGAUCUGCUCGCUACCAUCGACAAGGAGGGUGCGCUCAGCAAGGACCUUGAGCAAAGAUUACGGGACGUUGUCUCUAGCUUCACCAAGAGCUUCGUCUCAUAGAUGAAAUAAAUUAAGGCAUUAAGCGGGGGACUGUCUAUACCUUAAAGCCUACGAUGGCGGAUCUUGUUUCGUUUAGAGGUACAUCGUUGCAGAGGGUGCUAAUUAGUGAGGAAACGGGUUAGAAGUAGGGGAAACACUCCAAUUCCGACCCUUGUAAAAUAGAGCCAAAAACUCAAAAGCACUCGAUUCCUUUUGUACAUGAUCAUGAUCCGAUUUCUUGUGAAUAAUUGUAUUAUGUCUGCUAUAUUCUCUUCCGAGGUGAGACUAUGAAGUAUGAAGUUUCAAGGUUACAAAUAAGCUAGAAUUUCGAAAGUGGCCCUUGGUGACAUCAUACUAUCUGUAUCGAACGUC